GUCUAGUCAGGGCCAGGAACGAGACUGUUCGAUUGUGCGCGGGUGGGUGAGUUACGCGCGCUAGCCCAGUUGAUGACGCAUCGCCGUAUAAGAGCCCCGCUCGCCCUCCGACGGCAACCCUGCUCUCCACUCCCUACCAUAACACCCCAACAGACAGUCAAUCACAUACAAUGCAGAUCUUCGUCAAGACCCUCACCGGCAAGACCAUCACCCUCGAGGUCGAGUCUUCCGACACCAUCGACAAUGUCAAGUCUAAGAUUCAGGACAAGGAGGGUAUCCCUCCCGACCAGCAGCGUCUUAUCUUCGCUGGAAAGCAGCUUGAGGAUGGCCGCACCCUCUCCGACUACAACAUCCAGAAGGAGUCUACUCUCCACCUUGUCGAGUCUUCCGACACCAUCGACAAUGUCAAGUCUAAGAUUCAGGACAAGGAGGGUAUCCCUCCCGACCAGCAGCGUCUUAUCUUCGCUGGAAAGCAGCUUGAGGAUGGCCGCACCCUCUCCGACUACAACAUCCAGAAGGAGUCUACUCUCCACCUUGUGUUGAGGUUGCGUGGUGGUAUGCAGAUCUUCGUCAAGACCCUCACCGGCAAGACCAUCACCCUCGAGGUCGAGUCUUCUGACACCAUCGACAAUGUCAAGUCUAAGAUUCAGGACAAGGAGGAGCUUGAGGAUGGCCGCACCCUCUCCGACUACAACAUCCAGAAGGAGUCUACUCUCCACCUUGUGUUGAGGUUGCGUGGUGGUAUGCAGAUCUUCGUCAAGACCCUCACCGGCAAGACCAUCACCCUCGAGGUCGAGUCUUCUGACACCAUCGACAAUGUCAAGUCUAAGAUUCAGGACAAGGAGGGUAUCCCUCCCGACCAGCAGCGUUUGAUUUUCGCCGGAAAGCAGCUCGAGGACGGCCGCACUCUCUCCGAUUACAACAUCCAGAAGGAGUCCACCCUCCACCUCGUCCUCCGUCUCCGCGGUGGUAUGCAAAUCUUCGUUAAGACCCUUACGGGUAAGACGAUUACCCUCGAAGUCGAAUCCUCGGAUACCAUCGACAACGUCAAAUCCAAGAUUCAGGACAAGGAGGGCAUUCCUCCCGACCAGCAGCGUCUUAUCUUCGCCGGUAAGCAGCUCGAAGACGGCCGCACUCUCUCCGAUUACAACAUCCAGAAGGAGUCGACGCUUCACCUCGUCCUCCGUCUUCGUGGUGGUCAGUAA